UUCUAAUUGAACUGAGCGUCGCAAACUUUAAAACUCUCCUCAGGUUCUAAGUUUUUUUUACGGAUCCUAUUCUCUCUUUUAGUUUAUCCUCACUUUCGACGCUCUUUCCAAUCUUUCCUUUUCAUUACCACGACAACAACAACUUCAUAACAAUCCUCUAAUUUGCGACAACACCUGAGCACUCCUUGCAGAAGCAGAGCCAAUAGUUCGACCAAUACAUUCCAAUUCAGUACUUUUCGCUUUUCGAUCAACCCAGUUCUGGUCUUGUCUCUGUCAACAUGUCAGGAAUCAGCUCCCCUCAACCCGAUCUAAAUCGGAAUCGGCUUCCAACUCUAUUCGAGGUACUCAGCAGAAGGACUUUACCCCCAGUGGAUCUAUUCUCCUUCUAUAUUUAUAUGAGAGAUCAGCAGCGCUCUGUUGAUUACCUUGAUUUUUGGCUUGAUGUUGCUCAACAUAUGUCGUUAUGCCGACACUAUGUUCGCGAACUGCGACGAUCUGUAAUGAUUGGUACACCUAAAGGCGACGAUGCUCAAUCCAAGCGAUCUUCUGCUGUUCUAGAAAAUCUUGGUGAUAUGUCAAAUCCCGCUGGACCAUCCAUGUUCACCACAGAAAAGGAGAAAAACCAAGAUGCUCAGAUGUCCGCCUUCCUCAGAGAACAAUCUGAUACUGGAGAGGUUGUUGCCCCACAAGGACACUCUCCUUCCCACAGUUUGGGAUCCAGUGUUUCCGGUCACAAUCUGGGAAAUAUGUCUAGCGAAAGGCCUAGACCAAGUUUCAUGAGCAGCCCUAUGGAUUUGACGUCAGAUUCAAAUUCUCCUGCACACACUGUCGCGAGAGCCGACAUUCGAGCUUCUGCUGAGAAGAUUCUCUAUACUUUCCUCCUUCCAGGUGCCGAACGUGAGAUUAUUCUUCCACAUGCCAUCACCCAAGAUAUUACCAUUUCUAUUGAAGAAAGAGGACGCGACGAUCCGGAAGUGUUUGAUGCAGCCAAGGACUAUGUUUUCCAAGCAAUGGAAAGGGAUGCUUUCCCAGGCUUCUUGAGAAUGAAGGCUUUGGGCAACUUAGUCCCUCCUUCGAUGAUGUUGAGAUUGAUUGUUGGCCUACUUUCAAUGUUUGCCGCAUUCUGGGUCGGAUUCAUUCUAAUCUUCCUCAACUAUCCCCACCAUACUCGUGUUUGGCUCCUUCUUCCCUUCACCAUUGGUGUCUAUGCACUCUGUUCUCACCAAUAUGCCCUCGAUCCCAUUCUUGCCCUGGCCGGGUACAGUGAAUACACAUUCAUGUCUUUCUCCAAAAUUCGAGAACCAUUUGUUCGAAGGCUUCUCCACAAACGUGCGCUCAUGGUCCUAAUGGUCACAGCUAUCACCGAUGCAGCACUAGUCCUAAUAUUUGCGUUGGUACCUGGAAAGAGAUUGUAAUAUGAGGAUCGAUGGAUGAAGGCUAAUGCAAAAGUAUAACAACUACAUGAAACAUAAACAAAGCACACUCGGAACUGGGAUGGAAAGAAAGGGAGUUUUGGGAGUUCUGUUUAUAGAGCGAGGUGUUCUGGGGACAAAUCUUCUCUUUCAUAUUAUGUGAUUUGGGAUUUUGUACACAGGGUUGGCAGACAGGCAGGAUGAUAUCACAGGUUGAUUUGAUGGCGUUGAGUUGAUUUGUUUUUAUAUUCUUCUUCUCGAAAAAGACUGGAUGUCUCUACAAAGAGGAUGGACGAUUCCAAGAUCCUUUUAAUGACACCUCUUUUCUGGUUUUUUCCUUAACUUAUCUAUUUGUAUGCGUGGGAGCUAAUAGCGUGUCAUUUUGAUAUCCUCUUCCUUCAUACAUUCAAUGCAUGAUUAUUUUCAUAUAGAAAUCGCACAACCUGACUAAACCAAUGUGAAAAUGUAUGCUCUGCCUUCUCCCUCUUCAUACGCCAUCUUGUAUUUUUAUCACUGAUUCCUGCUUCCACGCCCGAAAACGAAUUGGGGUAUAUCUCGCCAGAACAUAAGAAAAAUUCAUACGUAUGGAACUAUGAUUUUCCGUAGGAAAAUAACUUCCGGAGGACACCAGGAAUUUUUUCUAGGCCUUCUGGGCUUGCUGACGUCGUUGAAGAAGCUAAAUUUUCUGCGCUAAAGAAUUGGUCAGUGAAGAGUCCUACUGGUCACAAGCUCGAAGCUGCGACAGCAAAACAACUCACUUCCCAAAUCCUAACCCGCCAAAACCUCUCUUCUUCGAACUUCGUGUGUCCUUAUGCUGACCACCCAUUGGAUCCACGUCAUCCAUUUCCUCAUCACUAGACUGUCCUUCUAAUCGGUUGUGGCGUUUCCCAGAUGAUCUCGUCAUUCUGCCUGUUAGACUUUGGAUAUUGCCCAUGAUACCAGUCGGUCCUGACGAAUUCUCAGAGGGAGGAGUGGGUUCGAGGAGAGAUUCGACGUGGGCGUUCCAAUCCUGUUCAUCGCGGUGACGGCGCUGGGCAUCGGCUUUGAUGGAGGCGAUUUGAGAUUCGAGGGAAGAGAGGGUAGUGGUGCAACGAGCGGACCAGGCGGAGAGAGUGGAGAGCAUAGAUGGGAUUGUGGAGUGGGGAAGAUCGCGGAGGGGUGAGACGGAGGAGACAAGUACGGUUUGAUUAUAUGGGUCCAAUGUACAAGUAAUGAGACCAGCAUAUAUAGCACUGAUGACAAGAUCUUCGAGUUCGCGGGGAGUGGAGAGAGCGAGGGCAGAUUGGAGUUUGGGGUAAGUCAAUUCGGCGGGGUUCUUGGCAAGGGUGAGAAAGGAAAGCUGGCGGAGUUUGAGGGUUUGAGCUGCGGAAAGGGUGGGGAGAGAUGGAUCGCUAGUGUAGUCGGCGUAUGUGCCAUAACUGAAGAUCUUCAGGAGGGAGAGAUAGGCUGCUUGCUCUGGAGGGGCGGUAGAAAGAGCUUGAAUUUGGGGAGUGAGGAGAAGUUCGGUGAAUAUGUAGGUUCCUGGAGCAUCAGUCGCUCGAGUGAUCAGGUCGACAGCAGCGCGGGGUGAUGUCGCAGAUUUCGUAAGAGCUAGGAAGGGCUUGAUACACAUUCAGAGCCUUGAUUUGCUCCAUCUUAUAUUUAUGAGUAUUGGUAUGGGUUGUAUGAGCUUGUUGCCUAUUGAAGAAGAGCUUCGAAAGUUAUAGAGUCAAGAAUGUCUUAACUUUUGGAAUAGACAAGCAACGAUUUCGAGAACCGAAUUGCUGUGUAUUUCGUAUUGAAGUCGGGUAGAGGAAGUCUUG